AAGGGCUGGAAAGUGCUGCCGAGCCGCGGGGGAAAGAGCCGGCGAGAGACGCCGCUGAGUUUCAACACAAGAACCCGCCAGUGACCGGGGGGGAAGUCCGUGCGUUGGUGUGUGUAAAUCUCCCCCGAAAACAAAGUGUCACCGGCGGCUGUUCGGGAUGUGAAGAGCACCGUAACCCACCUGGAGCAGCGCCGUAACCCGAAGCCUGAUGUACAGCACCGUCCGCCGGCUCCGUUCGGGCAUUUCACCCGCCGUGAGCACUGCGUUCGUACCGGGUUGUUAGCGGAGCAGACACACGGGGACACACGGAGUAGUUUACUAUAAUGUUUGACAGCCAGUUCGCUUUUUGAUACCGGGAAGCUUUUUGGAAAGGCGGGGCCGAACCGGUGGACACCCAAACUGGAUUACCGAGCUCUCCGUGUGCCGAUUCACCCACAGCGACGCAGCGCUUUUUGGGGGGGCGGGGGGUCGACGAAGGAGGCAACAACUGGGAUUUAGCAACGUUUCUUUCCAACUCUUGCCCCGCUUGGUGCUCACGCUGGGUGCGAGCACUCAUUCCUCUUAGUGGCCUCCGUUUCCCUCCUUCUUUUUCCAUUCAGGAACAUAUAACCAGCUUUGGGACGCAUAUUUUUCUUUUUCUUUUUUUUGGAGGGGGAUAAUUUUCCCCCAGCCGGUUUCGGACUAUGGCGGACGACGACAUUCUCUUUGAAGAUGUGUACGAGCUCUGCGAGGUCAUCGGCAAGGGUCCCUUCAGUGUGGUGAGAAGAUGCAUCAACAGAGAGACGGGGCAGCAGUUUGCUGUCAAAAUCGUGGAUGUAGCCCAGUUCACGUCCAGUCCUGGACUCAGCACAGAGGAUCUGAAGAGGGAGGCCAGUAUCUGCCACAUGCUGAAGCACCCCCACAUUGUGGAGCUGCUGGAGACCUACAGCUCCGACGGGAUGCUCUACAUGGUGUUUGAGUUUAUGGAUGGAGCAGACCUGUGUUUUGAGAUCGUGAAGAGGGCAGAUGCCGGCUUUGUCUACAGCGAAGCAGUGGCCAGUCACUACAUGAGACAGAUCCUUGAGGCGCUACGCUACUGCCACGACAACAAUGUCAUCCACCGAGAUGUUAAGCCUCACUGUGUGCUGCUGGCGUCCAAAGAAAACUCGGCUCCGGUGAAGUUAGGAGGGUUUGGAGUCGCAAUCCAGCUCGGAGAAUCAGGGCUGGUGGCAGGAGGUCGCGUAGGAACUCCCCACUUCAUGGCCCCGGAGGUGGUGAAGAGAGAACCGUACGGUAAACCUGUGGAUGUUUGGGGCUGUGGAGUCAUCCUCUUCAUCCUCCUCUCGGGAUGUCUCCCUUUUUACGGCACCAAGGAGCGUCUGUUUGAAGCCAUCUGUAAAGGCAAAUACAAGAUGAAUCCCCGUCAGUGGGGCCACAUCUCAGAGAGCGCAAAGGAUCUGGUGAGGCGCAUGUUGAUGCUGGACCCUGCCGAGAGGAUCACCGUCUACGAGGCUCUUAACCACCCCUGGCUCAAGGAGAGGGACCGCUAUGCCUACAAAAUCCAUCUGCCGGAGACGGUGGAGCAGCUGAGAAAGUUCAACGCCAGGAGGAAGCUUAAGGGAGCUGUUCUGGCUGCAGUGUCCAGCCACAAGUUUAACUCUUUCUAUGGAGACCCCCCCGAAGAACUCCAUGACUUCUCUGAUGACCCCACCUCCUCAGGCGCUGUGUCUCAGGUGUUGGACAGUUUAGAGGAGAUCCACGCUUUGACGGACUGCAGCGAAAAGGAUUUAGAUUUCCUCCACAGCGUUUUCCAGGACCAGCAUCUACACACACUGCUCGACCUCUACGAUAAGAUCAACACCAAGUCGUCCCCACAGAUCAGAAACCCUCCCAGUGAUGCUGUGCAGAGAGCCAAAGAGAGUUCCUCCCAGGAUGCAGCGAGUGGCGCUUUGAAACAUCUGGAAUAUGUACUGGAAGAGAUCUCCUGCUACCCAGAGAACCACGAAGCUAAAGAACUCAGACGGAUACUGACCCAGCCACAUUUCAUGGCCCUGCUGCAGGCCCACGACGUGGUGGCCCACGAGGUUUACAGUGACGAGGCCCUGCGGGUGACCCCUCCACCCACCUCACCCUACCUGAACGGAGACUCUCCGGAGAGCACCAACGGAGACAUGGACCUGGAGAACGUCACCAGAGUCCGGCUGGUUCAGUUCCAGAAAAACACAGACGAACCAAUGGGCAUCACGCUGAAGAUGAACGACUCGAACCACUGCAUCGUUGCGAGGAUAAUGCACGGGGGAAUGAUCCACAGACAAGGAACGUUGCAUGUUGGAGAUGAAAUCAGGGAGAUCAACGGCAUCAGUGUGGCCAACCAGACUGUGGAGCAGCUGCAAAAGAUGCUGAGGGAGAUGCGAGGCAGCAUCACCUUCAAAAUAGUACCGAGUUACCGGACACAGGGCUCAUCAUGUGAGAAAGAGUCCCCCACCACCUCCAGGCAGUCCCCUGCUAAUGGCCACUCCAGCAUUAACAGUUCUAUCUUGGACCUGCCAUCCACCAUCCAGCCUAAAGGUCGACAGAUUGUAUCCAGACCUCCAAUCAAGGACAAAAUGUCUGUUAAGAUCUACGUGAGGGCCCAGUUUGAGUACGACCCCUCCAAAGACGAGCUCAUCCCCUGCAAGGAGGCCGGCAUUCGCUUCCGUGUGGGCGACAUCAUCCAGAUCAUAUCCAAGGAUGACCACAACUGGUGGCAGGGCAAACUGGAGAACACUAAAAAUGGCACAGCAGGCCUCAUCCCAUCACCUGAGCUGCAGGAGUGGCGAGUGGCGUGCAUAGCCAUGGAGAAGACCAAGCAGGAGCAGCAGGCCAGCUGCACCUGGUUUGGCAAGAAGAAGAAGCAGUACAAAGACAAGUAUUUGGCAAAGCACAACGCAGUGUUUGACCAACUAGAUCUCGUCACGUAUGAGGAGGUUGUGAAGCUGCCUGCUUUCAAGAGAAAAACACUAGUUUUGUUAGGCGCUCAUGGAGUCGGCAGACGACACAUCAAGAACACACUCAUAACCAAGCACCCCGACAGAUUUGCCUACCCCAUCCCACACACGACCAGACCUCCUAAAAAGGACGAGGAGAAUGGCAAGAACUACUACUUUGUUUCCCACGACCAGAUGAUGCAGGACAUCAGCAACAACGAGUACCUGGAGUACGGCAGCCACGAGGACGCCAUGUACGGGACGCGGCUCGAGACCAUUCGGAAGAUCCACCAACAGGGACUCAUCUCUAUUCUGGAUGUUGAACCUCAGGCCCUGAAGGUCCUGCGAACAGCAGAGUUUGCCCCGUACGUCGUCUUUAUUGCUGCACCAACUAUCACACCAGGCAUCAAUGAGGACGAGUCUCUCCAGCGGCUGCAGAAAGAGUCGGAGAUCCUGCAGAAGACCUACGCCCACUACUUCGACCAGACCAUCAUCAACAACGAGAUCGAUGAGACCAUCAGACACCUUGAAGAGGCCAUCGAUCUGGUGUGCACCACCAGCCAGUGGGUCCCCGUGUCCUGGGUCUACUAACCUGCACCACCUCCUCCUCCACCUCUACUACUCCAUCUCCCCUCCCAGCAACGACACCUCAGCCAAACUCCCAUCACUCUCUCUUCAAAACAAGAAUAGUGAAAAACUAUGAACACAAACGAAUGGGAAACCUCUCUACACUGCACUUGAUCGAAAACACCCUCAGCGUACUGUGAAAGCGACCACAGCAUUCAACUGAAAUCCUCCUGAUUGCCGCGCAAACAGCCUGCAGCGGCCAAUUGUCGGACUCUUGUCCUUGCAGACGACCUAGUCAUAGUGUUGUAUAAAAACAGAGUAAACAAAAAGUGAAUAUUGUCAUGUCUGUACUAGCUAGGAGGCGACAUUUUUGUAGAUGUUUGUUUUAAAGAGACAGUACCGCAUCCCGCCUCUCCACAUCCCUCCCGUCACAUCGUAGUCCUGUUGGGUGUCGUAAACCACCUGUAGAAGAGACGCUGUCAGUGGGUAUUCUCUCUAUCCGCAGACUGAAGUAAAAGCACACAAGCACACUGCAAUGUCUUCUCAUCUGUAGAUCAUGUCAGCAGCCCUCAUUAUUUAUUCAUUCCUAUUCUUUUCUAAGCUGUGACACCGGAUUAUUUCCCCUCAUCUGUCCUGCUGUUAGCGCUCGGUACUAUUACAGUAUCACCGUGCACCUCUCGACCGACCAGGUACUGUCUCUUCUAAAUAAAUCCAUAAAUGUUUUAGAGAUUUGAAUGAGGUUAUCAUGCAUGUGGACAUUUGCAAGCUUCCAUGCUGUCAGUCAGUCAGUGUUCCCCGUGUCCCUCUGUAAACCUUUGAGAAAGAAAAAAAUCUAUAUAUUUAAAGAAAAAAAAACAUUCCAGUUGUUUGGAAGACUGAACUCAGCCAAGAGAAGCCAGAGGGGGCAAGAAAAAAAAAAAAAAACUAAUAGUGACGGAGCUGGACGUUGACUUGACACCUAUGCACAUCCCUUGCAUUUCGGGUGACAUUUCUACACCACAGAUUUAUAGAAAGAUUGACCAUGUAAGUGAGAUGUGUUUGUAAAAAAAACAAAAAAAACAAAAAAAAAAAGAAGGAAAAAAAAAGGAAAAUCUAAUAAAAGUCUUGAUUUUUUUUUUCUCUUUUUGAUUUGUCAUAAGCAAAAAAGGAAGAAAUUCACCUGAUUGCUCAUUUGCCAUUUCAAAAAUGUGAUGUCCCAGAGUAUUAGUGUCUCAAUCAAGUUUAAAAAUCAAUGAGAGAUGAAAUGCUGAAUUUUAUUCUGAAACUGUGUAACUGUCUGCAAAGCAAGUGAAGAGGAGGCAGCGUGUGCAACUAAUUAACCACAUAUAUGAAUACAACAGACUGACGUACAACUGCCCCUUGUGUAAAUGACUCUGCAAUGAUAAAAGUUCUUCAGUAUGAACAAUUUUUUAAAAUAUAUUUCCUUUUAUGUGUUGGAAACAUGAA